CCUCCUCCUCGUGCACACGUUAAACCGGCUCCAGUGUCAUUAGUGUGAAAACACUCCCGUCGGGAUUUCGACACCGCUUUUCUUUUUUUCUUCUUCUUCUCCUCCCGGAUCAGCCAGUCGCGUGCAUGCGUUUUUCGUCGCGGCUCCGCCCGGUGCGCGGUGCCGACUGACUGCACACAUCUGAAGAGUUUUAUUGGAUUGACCGACAGCGGCGCGAGAGGACUAGUGUCGCCCCACGCAGGACAAAGAACACGGGGAGGGAAAUAAAGGAGAGAAACAAAGCCCCAAAGGAAGGAAUGAAAAUGGAUAACCGGCUCGUCACACUGGUCUUCGGCGUGUUAAUGCUCGGUAAGAAACAUUUCUGAGAUAAUUAACUCAAGAUACGUGUCGGCAUUCUCCGGCGAGGAGAACCAAGCACCAACCCCCCUUUUAGAAAAUGGUCAAUUUAAGGUUUACUUCUCUGUCGGCACACGCGCGUAAUCUUUAAAAAGAUACUUUGAGGUAUGUUUAUCUCCUUCGACGUCCAUUAAUAAAUUCGGCGUGUGUCAUAUCCGUAAAGCGGCACUUUAAUUUGAAUAAAAUGUCAUUCUUGUGGACCGGUUCCGGCUGCCAGCCGCUGUUCGCUCACUCCGUAUUUUAAGUGGAAGAAGUUCGCGGCUGCAACACGCAAACGUUUUUUUUUUUAAAGUUCACAUUUAAGUGAAUAAUACGCGUUGCUCGCUGUGUGUGACCAAGCCGAAUUGGAGAUUGAAUUCUAGAUAUUGACAUAAAUUAAUAACCGACGUUGUUAGAGGCGUCACGCUGGUGAUGUCAGGCAAACACGUUUAAUUGACGUGUUCCUGAACGGGGUUUGGCUCGGUAGUGUCUCCCUGAGGGGGCUCCUGGAUUACACCUCAUCACUGGGUUGAAACUGAUAUAUAUAUAUAUGUACAAUUUGAAUACAGCUGAUGUUUUGAAUUCAUCUCGAUACGUGACACAUUAUUUACCGAUACGGUAAAAAUUAAUAGGCUACCUCCCUUUUCCUAUUUUACCCGAAUGGGAAACAGCCGGUGUGUGACGCCUCUGUGUGUGGGAGAGCACUCACAGUGGGAAAUAAUGCUUAAAGACACACUAUUAAGGAGAGGAAAUAGUCCCGAGAUGUUUCCUGCCAUCAGUCUCAGUCCUGCUCAGCCUCUCAUUACUCAACUGUACAUCCAUUUAUUCUCCAACAUUGGGUGACCAGCUCUGGCAAGGUCCCAUUAGUCACCAUUAGCCAUGUUUGGGAUUUCAAACUGUGUGCCGGCCAUCACGAUUAGCUUUUCUAGUAUUUGUCUUGUAUUCAUACCAGAGUGAAACCAGGCUGACUAAUUAUCUGACUGGUUUGAAGCACAGUGCCAGGGCUGCUUAGUCAUGAGGCUGGUUUCCACCACAGGGACAAACCAGGGCUUGGCCAAACCUGUGUGUGUGAGAGAGGGUGAGAGAGGGUGAGAGAGAGUGAGAGAGGGUGAGGGGCCGCGGCUUAAAUUAGUGCAGUGUAAGAUGAUCACAUGUCGCCAGCACUCUUGUGGUGUGUGUUUCUGUACUGUACGUGUGUGUGUGUGUUGGUGUGUGUGUCAUGACGCUGCAGAUGGUAAAGUCGCCAUAGUGCACAAAUUACUUCCCUUAAUAUGAACUCCGUUCACUGCAUGUAUUGCUGCCCUGAUUUAUGACCUCAGGCACCGGCUGCCAUCGUUUGUGAUGUGGACAUAUGGACAUUGGUGGAUCGCCUGUCAGCGGACAGCGAUGUGAGCCGGUACAGUUUUGGGGUUUGAGACGGAUGAUGGGAAAAUACCAGCGCACUUACGAUUAAGCUUUACAUUUUAGGGAUUUAUUAUGCAGUCUGCUUCUAUCGUGCCCAAAUCAUACAUUUGACGAUUUUGCCAGUUAUGUAAUAGAAACAUGUUAUGGCUGUCGGGCUAAGAGAGCAUAGUGCUGUACAAAUAAAGGGAAGUUAGUUGAGGAGAGCAGUGUGUUUUUGUAAAUUGAGGCAGAAAUGGAAAUAUGGGUAAUUUAUUCGAGAUCAUGUAGCAAAAGCUGAAAAGUUCCUAAAGUUAAUCUUUAAAAGACACAACCUAGAGCUAGACACAAGCACCAAGGCUGACUGAUUGGUCAAGAUGUCUGUAAGUCAAGCCACGCGAGCUGUUUCCCCCUGUUUCCAGUCUUUAUGCUAAGCUAAGUGCCCCCUGGCUGUAGCUUCAUAUUUACUGGUGUCGAUCUUCUCAUCAGUAACACAAAACCUAAUGACAGUGCGCUCCACACGUGCCCUUCCAUGCCACGGUGACGUAAAAAUCCUGCACUGCAAUUUUUUUCUCUGAAACUCCAGAUUCUUGACUUUAUUAUCAAACUUUACGAGUGUCUUCAGGCUCCGCUGGCUCUGCAGUAUUCUUUCCAGGAGAGAUGGGCAGGCUGGAAAGUGAGUUAGAAAACCCCAAGUCUCAGCACCCGGCCAAGAAAAAAGCUCUUUUUUAAAUCUAUUUUUAGUGAUGUACCGCCCUAUCACCCCCACACACAGAGGUAUCGUGUAUAUGUUUGUCUUUUUGUGAUGAGAAGCGGCAGGUUUGUCUUAAUGCAGACUGUAUUUGGGCUGCUGCACCUCCCCAUGUUGGCUUUUCUUGACUAUUCACAAUUGGCUUGAUGUGCAGCAACAACCCCGGCGGUGGAAUCCUUGCUGUCGUACUUGUCUGACGUCAUGUCGCCGGCGAGUGUUGCAUGAUUCAUGGUGGUUGUUUUCUUUGCCGCUACAAUAACCAAGAUGUGGAUCACAGAAACCGAAACACACAGUCGUUGUUUUCUUCUUCUGUGUAUUUCAUCGUGACUUGUUACUAACGAAAGUAGGGGAAAAAAGGCCGAAAAACGCUCACUCCGCAGGCUCUCGCACCAUAACACAGACCGACUGCCAACAACUCAAGUAUUGAUGGACUCAAGUAUUGAUGGACCAUACAAGCAAAGGACUUGUUUAUGAGGCACUUUAUUUCUUUUUUUUUUAUAACUAGGGCUGAUCCAGUUUCAUAUUUUUAAAGGAAUACAUUUGCGUUCUGCAGUGAUUAACACUUUCCUAUAAGAGACAAGAAAAUUAGAAUAAUCCUUGUGGCGUUAUUGCAUGCAGCAUCUGCGCGUGACGCUGAUCUGAGUGCAGACGGCGGGAUGGGAGAAGUGUGUGUGUGUGUGUGUGUUUGGGGGGCUGCAGCCAGAUUCCACCAACCAGGAAGCAGAGUGUCAGACUGCUGUGUUGCGACAUGCUUCGCUCAGCUGAAAUGUCGAGAGUUUAACUUUUUUUAAUGGCAGAGAAGGAAGUUAAAGCAGCUGGCUUGAUCCAAUGUCGCCAAACGACCCACAUUCUCCGACAAACACGACUGACUCGUCUCAACGGUUUCCAGCUUUUAGGAAAUCUGUCGGCGUAACCGGCGGUCGGCGUUCUCGUCAAACAACACGACAGUGUGCGGAAAUACAUUAGAUAUUUGCAAAGUCAUCAUCAGCACCGUUCAGCUCCAGACACGUUUCAACAUGCCCUGUGAGAGUGCUGCCGGCUGUUUGGCAUGUGAGAUUAGUAAUCUGUGUGAGUUUUGGUCAGAAUUUUUUGCCGGUGAGGAUUUUGGUUUUACUUGGAGCUGCUGAUCAAUUAGUUAGUCACUAACUGCCAAAUAUUUAGAUAAUCAAUGAAUCUGUUCUCAGAUUCCAGCUUCUAAAAUGUGAAUAAUGGACGGACUAAUCGUCAAUGUGGGUCCUUGGCCCGGGUGGUGAAGGUGUCCCCCGGUCCGUUGGUCCGGGUGGAGGGUCAGCCGGUCUCCAUCCGAUGUGACGUCAGUGAAUACAGCGGACCUCGUGAGCAGGAUUUCGAGUGGAUGAUGACCAGGGCGGCGGACGACAAGCAAUUAAAGAUAAUCUCCACCUUCGACGCCAGCUACUCCCACAAGUCGCUCAGCAAGCGCGUGGCGUCCGGCGACAUCGAUGUGGCGCGCAUCGAGGACAACGAGGUGGAGCUGAAGAUAGCGGAGGUGAGGCCGCUGGACGCCGGUUUCUACUUGUGCCAAACGCCGAGCACCGACUCCGUCAUCAGUGGCAACUACGAGGCCCGCGUCCAACUCACUGUCAUCCCCAACACCCUCAGGGUCUCCCCCGUGGCCCCGCCCCCAGUGGUCCCAGAAGGAAGUGAACUCACGCUCUCCUGCAACGUCACCCGGGAGCUCACCCACCCCACCUACCUGUCCGUCACCUGGUCGGUGAAGAGGGGCGCGACGUCGGAGGACAUUUUGGUAUUUGGGCCCCAGAGAGACGUGGUGACGGGGGCGAAGUACGCCCGGCGCUACGCCGACGGAGGCAUCCGAUUGGUCCCCGGGAGGAAUGGACAGUUUGAGUUGGUGAUUUCCAAAGUGACGACCUCCGAUGAAGGGAUCUAUGAGUGCAACGGGUCUGAAUGGACCCACGAGAACGGGGGGAAAUGGAUCAAGAUCGUGGAGAGCAAGAGAGAGAUGGGAACGGUUGCCGUGACGCCCACAGGUCAGUCCCUCAGCGUGACGGCUUCAUCCUCCUCGCCUCCGCUCCUCUCCCCCGGCGAGACGCUGACCCUCCUCUGCUCCGUUGCGGCCGACAACAUGGCCGUCCUCGCCAUGGAGGUGGCCUGGCUGGCCGGCGACCGCGACAUCGUCGCCAUGGACCGCAGCGGCGUGGUGAUCUCCAACACGUCCUCGAGCGGGGCGCCGGGGAAGAGGGCCGCGGCGAGCCUGGAGCGGACGGCAGCCGGAGAAUACAGGCUGGCGCUGCGGGGGGUGACCGGCGAGGACGCGGGGCCGUACGCCUGCCGCGUCCGAGCCUUCAUCGAGAAAGGAGGAAGGAGCUCGGGAGGCGGAGCUCGGUGGCACAUGGCGGCGGAGAAAACAUCCGCCUCUGUGACGGUGAAGGUGGCGCAGACCAAACCGAGCUUCACGGUGACCCUGGAAGCCGCCCUCAACCCCCAAGCUACUGCUGAACCCACAGAGCUGGCGUGUCACGUGACCAACAUUACCCAUCUACCCCUCAGGGGUCGUCUGGGCGUCACCUGGGAGCACACCACGCUUCCUGGCAUCGGGAAUGAUCCUCAGACCUCGAAUCCCAUCGGCUCCCUGGACGGUCAUGGCAACCUGUUGCCGGGAGCGAUGUAUUCUGACCGGCUGAAGACCGGCGUGAUAACUCUGACCAGAGUCCAGCCGCACACGUUCAAACUACGGUUCCUCCGCACUCAGGAGAUCGACAUGGGCCAGUACCUGUGCAGCGUGUCAUCGUGGAGCGUCACCGGCCAGGGAGACAUGGUGAACACCGCCGUGCACCAGAGCUCGCAGCUGGCUGUGCGAUGGGAUACCAAACAUCCCACUUUGAACAUCGUGGCCAAACGCGUCCGUGAAGCCUCAGUGGGCGGGGCUACCUUUGAGAUGAGCUGCACCGUGGUCACCGAGAACCUCGGGGAGGCGGGCUACUCUGUGCUCGUCCAGUCACAGGACAGCCUGGAGGGCAACGUGAGAACCAUCAUGACCCUCAGCCCUGACAACGUCGUGCAGCACGGCGGAGCCACAGACCCCAACAGGAGAGACGGCCUGGUUCUGACGAAGUCUGGCCCGGCAGAGUUUCGGUUUCGCCUGGCGGGCGUCCAGCUGUCCGACAGAGGUUUCUACUGGUGUGACAUCACCGCGUGGACCAAACAGCAGGCGGGGCAAGCGUGGACCAGAGCCACCAGCGCAGAGUCGAACAAGGUCAAGAUCGACUUUCAGGAAAAUGGCCCGUCCUUCGCCGUCGACCUCCUAUCGGACACCUCCAUCGUGUAUCCGUGGGAGACGGCCAAGAUGGAGUGUUCGCUCAGCGUCUCUGGAUCCUCCCCAAAGACUCGUGCUCUCGCAGACGACCUGGCGUACGAGGUGCGUUGGUUUUUCACCCGGCUGCGCGGCGGCUUGACGACGACCCAGGUGGCCAGCGUGGACCGCUUCGGCGUCGUGAGGAAAGACACCCGGAACUCGUCCAGCGACGUCUCGGUGGAGCGCAAAGACACGCACACCUACGUGUUGAACGUCCACGGCACCCAGGACAGCGACAGCGGGGAGUAUCACUGCGCCGCCACACCCUGGUACCUGUCGGCCUCCACAGGCGUGUGGACUCAAGCCGGAGAGCUGACGUCAUCUCGAAUCUUCCUUACGGUCCGCUUCGCUGUGUGGGAGUCCCUAAAGCUGCCCCUCUUAUAUGGAGUCGUAGCCUCAAUAGGUGUGGGCCUCUUCUCUCUGGUCCUGGGGCUGGUCUGCGCCCAUUGCUGCUGCCGCAACACCAUUCACACCCCACGCUCGCGCAACAAGCUGAUGGAGCUGGAGAUGGACUGACAGACGGCUCCCCCCGCACCCGCACACUGCAGCAGCGCUCACAGGAAACCCCAGGCCCACAACAGACACACGCCCACAGACGACUUCUGGGACACCCAGUUGUUUCCGCGCGACGGACGUUGGCAGUAAAAAAAGAAAACAACUAAACGCCACAUCGCGUCGGAAACGGCAGCCUGACUCGUCAAUUCACGGUUUCCUCAGCGCUGCAGUGGCGGAGCGGGGGACUUUUACUAGGACUUCAAUUUCUAUGAAGAUUGAAAUAAUAACGAAGAACGUAGAACUACAAGAAUUUUUUUUUUUUUUGGAGGAACAGGAGGCUUCCUGGACAUCACUGCCACUUUGGAAUAAAGGACCACGAAACAGAUGUGCUGCCUCUGUAACCACGAGGGAGAACACGCGGAGCGCUCCCUCCCGCUGGACUACUUCUUGUUUUCUUCCGAUGCCGAGGCCCCCCCCCCUGCAGAGAACAACCACAUUAAGGGCACACCAGAGGACCCCGUGGAGUUUUCUAUUGUUCAGGAAGCACGGGAAAAAAGGCACGGGGUUGGUUGAGGGCGGGCGAGUUGGGAGAGGCGUGCACCUGCAGCUCGCCGUGUCCCGGUUAGAUCUCACCGCUCAAGUCGUUUCGUAUUUGCCGAGACCGGCGCCUCACGCCGCCCGAGCCUUAUCUCCGUCAUACGGGGCCGCGGAAGUCCGAGGAAAACGAAACGGUAUUUCACGACCACCCCACAGUAUUCCUUCCUUAACUAAAGGACGAGAUUUAUUCUCGACUCUAUUUUAUUUUGUUUGUGAGAUUUUAAAAUGAGACAUUUUGAUGCUUCACGAGGAGAUAUGCAGUGCGUGUGAGAUGUACGUGGUGCCGAGGUCGGUGACGGCGAGCACUCGUCUUUUCUAGAUAUUCGGAACUGUAUCCUGCUGUUAUUUGACCGGUGUCGUGUGUGUCGGUGUGAGUGCUGUGCUACAGUGUGUGAGACAAAGAGUUGCAUGUACUGUUCUUUGAGCAACACUAGCCUUUUUACCCGAGUCGGGGUUUUUUAUGACGUUAAAGCCUCCCACAUGCACAUUUUUAAACACUUUUUUAAACGUUUUGGAAAACCGGUUCAUCUCCAUCCAUCCCAAGUCUGUGCAUUUGGUGGUUAGCCUAGCUUAGCAUAAACACGGAAUAUAGCGGAUGAAACUAUUUUAAUACAUUUUACCUUUUCGCUCUGCUUCCAGUCUUUAUGCUAAGCUAACCAUGACUAAACACACGGACAUGAGAACGAUCUUAUUUAACUCUUUAAAAAAAAAAUAUAUAUAUUAUAUAUAUAGGCCCAUUUCCCAAAACGUUUAACCAUUUUUUUUUUACACAUCCCAUGACUUUAAGGGACGUUUUUGGUAAAUCCUCUUGAUACUUUAGGUUCAGCUGGACCGAUGAGCAGAACGGAGUACAUUGUGAAAGUUCUUGUACUCCGUCGAAGACAGAAACAUCAGCAGCCGACUCCUGAAAGAAGCUGUUCCCGACAUGUUGCGGCUGACCUCGUUUGGUUUUAUUCCAGUAAACGUCUGAGUCGUCGUGUCACGUAGACGUCUGUGUGAACGCAGCCGUCGCUGUCCGAGCCCAGCGGGAUCCAAACGGACCUGUUGGUAAGGCUGCGUUUCCUCCUCCUCCUGACUGGGCACGGGCCGGCCUUUCAGUUUGCUGGGGUUUUUUCAAACUUUUUUUUAAUUAUUUACUAUCAGAAGUCAGAACUCUAUGACCAAUAUCGGGCUGUCGUCGGGUCACAGCGCCUGUCAGGCUGAACUCGGGGCAUAGAGCGGGUGUUUUCUGACUCGGCUUUCAGCACAAAACCGCCACGACUUGAACUUUAUUAUCCAAUCAGAACACGAGGCCCGAGUCCAUGAAGACCUGUGACUGGCGUUCAUGGAACAGUGAUGCUCCUCUUCCGCCAGGGACGCCGAGCCGUUGAGAUGGAAACCCCACGUCUACAAGGAUUGUUGUGUUUUGCCUUGGUUGAUGGUGCCGGUUGCUUCUGAAACUUCCAGUGUGUGUGUGACAGAGCAGUAUUCAUCAUUGACACAGGUUCACAGUACUGGAGCACACAGGUGAAUGACAGGGCUCCGUGCCAAAUGCUCUCAACAGUAAACCGCACGCCACUGACAAGCGUUCUCCAGUGAACCUUUUUAUUUUGUCAUGUUAUCGCAACCAGUAUGACGAAUCCUGAUGAUGAUGUUGUUGUUUUUUAAUAAAUAGAUUUGUAAGAUGUA